AUGGAGAGUACAGAUGAGUUUGAUGAUGUUCGGCAAGACGAAAUCAACCUUGCAGAAGCUGCGGGGGAGAGAAAAACAUUACCAGUCUACUCAUAUCGUGAUGAGUUACUCCAAGCAGUUGAAAAACAUCAGGUUCUUGUUAUUGUUGGUGAAACUGGAUCAGGAAAAACUACACAGAUACCCAAUAUCUACAUGAGGCUGGAUGCACAAAGCGGGGCAAGAUUGGGUGCACGCAGCCAUGGCGAGUUGCUGCUAUUCUCAAGAAAUGGGCGUCAAGCUUGGACAUGA